AUGGCACCGGCAAGCCCGACUCUCUUUGCCAUGCCGGCCCCGCGCUACGCCAGGUCGAGGACCCAGAGCAUAUCUAGCGACAGGCCAUCGACCGUCGGCCACAGCCUGGGCCUCGCCUCGCCUCCCUUGUCUGUAUCACCCGAACCAGAGUUCAUAGCCGCCUCGGCCGCCGCCCAAAUAGUCACCAACGAUCACGACAACCACGCCGGCACCUGGUACGACCAGAAUGGCAUCGAGCCGCCCAGUGAGCCCGCAGUCGUCACCUCUGACGCCCUUCAGCUGGUCAAUGCCUUUCUCGACCAGCUUCUUUUCAAUUUUCUCCAGGUCUCGCGCUCCACCAACCUGUCAGCGCUCCGACCCGCCGUUUCCGAAAUCCUCAAGCCCAAGCUCGCCAAGGACACCAUCAGCAACGCGGACGAGGAGCUGCGCGAGUACCUUGGGAGCGGCGAUGAAGACGAAUACUCGCCCCUGCCCAACCCCAGGGCCUCGCGGGAUUGGGAUGUCGAGCUCGCCUGGAAGCGCACCAGGUUACGAUGCAUGGUAUACUCGUCCCUCGGCGACAUGGAGGAGGAAGACGAGGACCUAUACAUGGAGCAGGAGAAUCUCGAGAUAGGCACCCACGAGCAGGCCUCGCAUGUUAUUUCUCCCGCCGCCGCCAUCUUCCUCACCUCGGUCCUGGAAUACAUGGGCGAGCUCACCCUAACUGUCGCCGGCCAGGUCUCCUAUACCCGGGUCCGAGCCAAGAUAGAAAGGGACAUCAAGGAGGGCACCCGACGCACCUCAAAUGUCGCCGAUGCUAUUGUGGUCGGUGAAAUGGACAUGGAGCGCGUCGCCCUCGAUCGCACCCUCGGCCGCUUGUGGCGGGGUUGGAAAAAGAGAAUGCGGCAUCCGGGCAGUGACUCUGCGGGACACCCAUUCUCGACAGAUUUGAUGGCUCCGCCGAGGCACGAGUUUCUGGCCACCGAGGCACUCACCGCCCGAUCGGGAACCAGCGACAGCGGGAGUGAGUCCAGGAAGCUCCAGGCCCCCACCGGACGUGCCACGAAAGAGAUUGACGAGCCCUCGCACAUCCCCUUGCCCCUGGGUGACAAAGACGUGGAUGAGAUUGAAGUUCCGGGCCUCGCUCGCUACAGCGACGAUGAGCUUGACGAAAAGACGGUCGUCGAGGCCAAGGCCCCGCGCCGCUCAAGGAGCCUCACCAUAAUGCUCCCCGUCGUUGCCAACGGUCUCCCCACGCCAACCAUGUCUCAACCUCAAACGCCCAUGGUUCCGAGUCGAAAGCGGGCCAACUCGCUGCCCACUCCCGCCCCCGCGGAUGCGCUGGAUUUUGCGGCCCUUGAGGGGAAAUCGUCUGCGUCAGGCGCAAAGGAUAUGCCUCACCCCGAUCUGGCUCUCCCCGGUGCCAGGGCACUCGGCACCUCAAAGGCGACGGCAGCCUCGUCCGGGGAGAAGCGCCCAGGUGAUUCUGCUGCUGCAGCGCUCGCAACGACAUCCGCCGCCGCCGCCACGGGUGCGGCAGCCGUUGCUCGCCGCAGAAACAGCGUUUCGUCCAUCCGUGACGAAGAUGAUGAAGUCGUAACCUACGAAACCGCCGAGAUUGUCACUUCCUCUAGAGUCUCAAUCGCCGGUAGCUCGGCUUCGGCGUCCAUCGCCUCGGAAAGCGGCAAGGCCUCAACUGUCAAGCGAUCUUCCAGCGUUCGCUCAGCCCGCAUAGUCGAUGUCACAGGACCUAGGAGCCCGGCCCAUUCUCGACACACUUCGGUCGAGACUGCGGAACGAGCUCGCCGCAUCAGUCCAUCGGGCCUGAUUAACAGUCCAAGAGCCACUGCCGCGGAGACUGACGGCAGGGCCAAGGCCAUCGAACGCGAGGCGGAGGCGUCAGGAUAUGCUUCGACUUCUCGCGCUUCCAUUGAAAGGACGAGGCACUCGAGGCCUGCAGCUGAAUCGAUUUCUGAGUCUGAUGAGGACUAUCACCGCCGACCGAAUGCCUCUGCGUCUCGCGCCGCCGGCCUCGCCAAAGCCGCACCCAUUAUCCCUUUUGCCGAGCCGCUUGCAUCACGCGCCAAGAAAGGGCAGGCAACGGCCACCUCAGCUGGAAGAACCUCUCCGAUGAACAGGCGCGAGCACAUAGUCUCCAACGUCAAGGUUUCGAGCCCGAAAAUCCUCAAUGUCUCGACCGGCCCGUUCCGGGAUGACACCAUUCCCGAAGCUCCCCAGAAGGCAGCGGGGCACUCGGGGCGGCACAGUCCCAAGGCUGACGGCCGGGGCAUGACGCCCAUUGAGCGUUCCCGGACCAGGGAGACAGACGAGGAGCUGGUGCUUCCUACUCAGAGCAACGUCACGCCUCGACAAAUCCAUACCUCUGCCUCGUCUGCCUCAUCGGGCACGUCAAGGCUGAAGCCCGUUCGGGCCUCGGAGGACAACUCGAGUCGCGCCGAGAGCGUGGCACGUAACUUUGAGGAGCUGAUUCAGAGCAAUCAAACCAUUACGUAUACCCUCACGCCCGAAAACAUGCGAGACAUUGACUCCAAGCGCUCCCUCGACAGCCCAGUUGUCACCAAGUUCUCGCGGAAGAGCGAGGAAGUCCGUGGCCAGCAAACACCCCGAUCUUCACCCACAGCGGCUGAGGCACCCAAGUCCCCGUUGAGCCAUCACCCGGUCAGCCCCAGUAGCCCCAGGACGGGCGAACGCAAGUCCGCCAAGUCUCCCGGCCCUGUCCCGCGUGUCCCUGCUGGUGUGGCGGUAUCGACGGGUCGUGCGGGAGGACCCGAGGCUCGAAACGCCCGAACGUAUGGAGAAUCAACAGCCGACUUUGCCGAAUUCAUCAAGUGCACGGGACCGGCGGGUGAAAAGGGUCCACCACACCCUCAGGUCAGGACGCCGACGAGCCCGAUCAAAAGCAGCAUGGACUUUCCUCCCGUCUCGCCGGCCCUCAGUCGCGAACGCUAUCAGCCCCGCGAGGCCGCCGUUGACAACCGGGGAGACAGUUCGGACCUGAUCGACUUUAUCCGCCAAGGCCCUCCAAUCGCGGCGAGCAAUCAUCGGAUCCCCCGUCACGUGGCCCCAUUCCGUUCCACCAUGGACUCGGAUCAGCUGGCUGGAGCCAUCGGUGGCAUGGCUGUCGACGCCAACAUCCCCGAGAUUCGGUAUAGCCAAGGCUCGACCAAUAUGACGGAGACCUCGAUGCCCUCGAUGCAGUCCUCGAUCAACUCCAACUCUGCUCUGCUCAACAACAAGGGUGCGCCGGGUCCAAGCGCAGGCUUCGACGACGAAGCGCCCAUGCCGAAGCGAAAGCAGCGGCGCGUCCGCGAUCCCUACGCAAUUGACUUGAGUGACGAGGAAGAUGAGGACGAGGGCUUCGCAGAAACUCCCAGGCCUCCCGCUAGGAAAGAGGAGAGCUUGGCAGAGUUCCUGCGCAACUACGAGCCCCCGCCCGAGCCCCCAUCCGAGCCUCCUCGUUUGCCCAGGAAGAAGUCGAGCGCGCCGAGCCUCAUCGGCAGAUUCACCCGCAACGGCAAUCGAGAAAACAAGGACUCCAACGGGCCUAGCGGCCCGCCGAAGAGUGCCUCCGCGAAGCAAGAGGUGCCACCUUUCAAUAGCCGAGCGACCGGCAGAGGCGGCUACAUUCCCAUACAAGUCAACAUGCCCCCGGGUUAUGACAAGUAUGGGUCCACAGACAACGGCCAAAUGAGCCGGCCGCGCAUGACGUCGACAACCCCAUCCGCGGGCCAUGUCCCGAUGAAGAAGUUUGAGCCUCGCGAAGCCGUUGUGAGCAAAAGUCAGACAUCCGACCUGGCUGCAUUCCUUCGGGACUCUGCGCCGCCUGACAUGGCCCCCAGAGGUCCUGCUCGGCGGGCGUCGGCCAGCCGGAACUCGUCGCGUCAGGACGAUGGCAACGGCCUCUCCAAGAUGUUUGGGCGGAAGAAGAAGGCCAGUGCGACGUGA